AUGACGGACUCAGGCACAAUUUAUCCAAAAAGAGAAAAACCUCUGAGAAGAGAAUACAAAGACUUUUUGCCAAUUUUUAAAAUAAUUAUAACGUCUUGGACGAAUUGGCAACAGCUGAAUAUUGAACUAAACAAAAUUUCUGAUUUGUCUUGUGAUUUAAAUUAUGAAAAUAUUCCAAUGGAGAUGGAAGAAUGUAAUAAAAAGAUUGAAAAUGAUCGUGAAUUGUAUAAACAAGUUGAUGAGGAAGAAUCCGGUUGGACAACAACAGAAGAACCAAACCUUAAAGGCCAACGUUUAAAAUCCAAAAAAUGGCCUUUAUUACUCAAAAACUACGAAAAACUAAAUGUACGAACCAAUCACUACGUACCUCUUCCAUACGGAGUUUCCCCUUUAAACAGACCAAUUGAUCAAUAUAUAAGGCAUUUUAAUAUAUUAUACUAUAAACAUAGAUCUGGAUUUAUUAAUUUGGAUAAACCAGCAAAUCCGUCCUCUCAUGAAGUAGUGGCGUGGGUAAAGAGAAUUCUCAGAGUGAAUAAAACAGGCCAUUCUGGCACAUUAGACCCAAAGGUCACUGGAUGUCUUAUUGUGUGUAUAGAAAAUGCCACAAGAUUAGUCAAAUCGCAACAAACAGCCGGAAAAGAGUAUGUCUGUGUCAUGAGCUUACAUAAAUCACUUUCUUAUUUUCGUGGGUCAAUUUUUCAAAAACCUCCAGCGAUUGCGGCAGUUAAAAGACAGUUGCGAGUUCGAACAAUUUUCGAGUCAAAAUUAUUAGAAUUCCACAAGGAUAAAAACAUUGGUAAAUAUAAUUUUUAUUAUAUAGCACUUUUUUCUGUAAAAUGUGAAGCAGGGACAUAUAUCCGUACACUUUGUGAGCAUAUUGGAGUACAUCUUGGAGUAGGGGCAGAAAUGACUGAACUAAGAAGAGUCCAAUCAGGAAAAAUUACCGAAUAUGACAAUUUAGUGACUCUUCAUGACGUCUUGGACGCCCAGUGGUAUUACGACAAUAAAAAUAACGAAACAUACCUCAGACAUGUGAUCAAACCAAUGGAAGGCUUACUAUUAUCCUACAAACGUAUUUUUAUCAAAGAUUCAGCUGUAUGUUCAAAAAAUGACAAAAUAGUCAAUGCUGUGUGCUAUGGGGCAAUGGUCCUCGCCCCUGGAGUACUGAGAUAUGAUGAAGGAAUCACCUUGGAUAGUGUGGUUGUAAUAGUUACUACGAAAGGAGAAGCGGUUGCCUUGGGGGUAGCCAAAAUGGAGUCUGCGGACAUUGGGAUGUGUAGUCAUGGAGUAGUGGCUAAGCUUAAGAGGGUUUUAAUGGAAAGAGAUACAUAUCCACGUCGUUGGGGACUUGGUGAUGUGUCUAAAUUGAAGAAACAUUUGAUAGAGAAUGGAAUGUUGCUUCAAUAUGGACGUAGAAAUGAGACAACCCCACAAGAGUGGAUUGACCAGUACGAUUUGAUGGCUAAUUUAGUCAAUAUCGACAAUUGAGGUUUAAAUUGAACUUGGCGAUACCUUCUCCAUGGGAGGUGUCUCCAAUGGU